CUGAAGGAGCAGCUCUCCAUUAUCCUCUGUCCAUUACCCAGUAAAUAGCCAGCCAAGCCCUCACCGUUCCUGUACACUGUUGGAGAGAUGAGACCAUCACACCAGCUGCCCCUACUGGGGUUGCUAUUGUUUUCUCUUAUCCCAGGUCAACGAUGCCAGAUCUGUGAGGUAAGCAAAGAAGACUACAGCAGUCUAAAACCUCUGGUAAACACAAUGGUAUAUUCAAGUUAUACCAAAGGAAUCCAGGAUGCCAACAUCCUGCUGACCCUCAGACUUGUUGGCAUUCACAAUCAAAGCUUAGAACAACAGCUGACUCAACAAAUCAAACAAGAUGUGAGAAAGAGAGUGUCAGAGGUAACCUCGGGACAGCUUGCCUUGGUUAUUCUGGCUUUGGGAGCGUGUAAAAACCCUGAUGAAGUGUUUAUACGUGAUGCUCAUCUGGUUAGCAAACUAGGAGAGAAAUUCAAAGCAGAAAUUGAGAAUAUGGAAACUCACAACGGCAAUCCUCUGACUAACUAUUACCAGCUCAGCCUGACCCUUUUGGCCUUGUGUCUGUUCGAUGGGAACUACUCAAUCCCCGACGUUACUUAUUACUUCACUCCUGAAAAUAAAAACUAUUAUUUUGAUGACCAGUUUUCCGUAGAUACUGGAGCAAUGGCUGUUCUUGCUCUAACCUGUGUGAAUAGGAGUAUAGAAAGUGAGAAGAUUAAAGCAGGUACAGAGGAUUCAAACAAAAUCCAUAAUUAUACCAAAAAACUGGUAGAGAAGAUUCUGUCUAUGAAAACAGAUGGUCUCUUUGGAAACAAAUUUAGCACAGGAGAAGCUAUGCAGGCUCUCUUUGUCUCAUCAAACUAUUACAAAAAUAAACAGAAUUGCCAAGAAACUCUGCGCACAGUACUUCAAGAAGUUUCUCAGGGAGCAUUCCAUCUGCCAAUUGCUGCAGCCCAGAUCUUACCAGCCCUGAUGGGAAAGACCUACUUGGAUGUCAACAAAAACUCUUCCUGUACCCACAGUCCAGUUAAAUUCAACAUCUCCACUGAGGAGGCUGUAACUGUGACACCUACUGUCUCACCCGCGAAUAUUUCAGUCAAGUACUCUGUGCGAAUCAAUGAAACAUUAGAUUCUGCCAAUAUCACCGUGAAAAAUGGUUCUGUCUUCCUUGAUGUGAUGAAGGAAGCUCAGAAACAAAAUGAGGCUGCUUUUCGUUUCACAGCGGAGGAUCGCCCAUGGGGCCCCUACAUCACCUCUGUUCAGGGCAUAAGGGCCAACACUGAUGACAGAACCUACUGGAAACUUCUGAGUGAUGGCCAACCACUGACCCAAGGAGCUGGGAGUUAUGUUGUGAAAAAUGGAGAGUAUUUGGAGGUUUGUUGGAGCAAAUACUAAUAAAAUCAAACCUUGCCCAGCUACCUCUAACCCUUUAGUAGUGGAAUUCCAUGUGGAAAUUGAUCUUAUGCCUUCCUUUUCACUUAUCUCAAUCCCUAUAGCCCAGCCUCUACUUCUUUCUUUGAAUGUUCAACAAAAGAUCAACAAGUAUACAAAAAGAGCAUGUUCUAACCAUUUCAUACCAAAAGGGAAUUACUAUUAGAGAGAAGACUACCUCAGGAAGAAGCGAAGUGAAAGAGAUUAGACCAACCUGUCCAAUAAGCUGAGUUCUACUCAAGGUUCCCCUGCUAACUAUCUGAGUGACCUUGGGCACCUGGGGAAAAUGGAGAUAAGGUUCUAGGUCUAAUAGUGCAGCAGCAACCAAUGAGAUCAAGGAGAAACUUUGUAGAGAGCUUGAGCUCUCUGAGAUCCAGAUGCAAGGGAGGAACUGAGUGCACAUGUUAGACUUACACAGGCAAUGGGAGAGAGAAAAACAUUACCCUGGAGAAAGGGUAAAAUGUGAGGCUUAUACAUAAAAGUCAGUCCACAAAGUCUGAGGAACAAUUUCAUCCCCUCCUCCAGCUACCUCCCCUGGGUCGCACUUGUUCUCCCACAUUUAUUUUCCUUUUAUUUUGCCACAAAAAUCACCCUUAUAGGCAUAUCAUCAAAAUACACAUGGAAAAAAAUGAUUCCAAUGUUCAUUUCAGCAGAAUUCACUUAAACAAAUAAAGUUGAGUCACGUCUAAGCAUGAGCUGGGUUACACUUUUUACUGAGUUCCUGGGCUUCGUGCACAUUCAGUCAGGAACCAGCAGUGCCUUCAAGAUGCCAAAGGGCAAACGGUGCUUCAGAUAAAGCAUAAAAUA